AUGGUAUUUGUAGCCAUCCUGUUGGAGGGCUUCCUGGUCCAGUCGCUUGAGAGGCACACAGGGAGAGGAAAGUGGGGAGGCAGGGAGGACAGGCCUGGGCUGAGACUGAGGCUGAGGCUGCAGUGUGGUAAGCGAGGCCAUGGCCCGUAACGUAUUCCCUUUUAUGCUCAAAGGGAUUUUGAUGUCGGCAGGGAGCCUUGUUGAUAGCGCUACUUCAGCCUCCAAUAUCAAUAUUUCACACUGAGCAGUGUGUCAGACUUUUUCUAUUUGCCUGUUUCACCACAACAAAAAGCUUUUCUGCUUCACAUUUUGAUGACAGGUUUUGACUACAGGUUCAGGUCUCAGGUGACUGGCAACUGUGUCCCCUGGGAGCACUGAUCUGAAUGAGUCUUUAUGAAUAAUACACGUGAUUAUCAAAUAAUGGGUGGCGUGGUCUGCUAUUUACCUGGGAGCUAAUUAAAUGUCCAGAUGGUAAUUACAUAAUACUGUAGUUAACUCAUAAUUACCCUUUGUUUAUAUAGAGCUCAUUAGAUGAAGUAGCAUUGUUUCUAUAGAGCUCAUAAGAUUAAGUAGCAUUGUUUCUAUAGCAUUAGUUAGAUCAAGUGCCAUGUCCCAUUUGUCAGAUUAUCACACAAUGUUGUAUAACGUUUGUCUGAGGCCCUUCGAACUGUAUAAUCUGUUCUCUGAGUCAGGCUGAGCUAAUAGAAGAAGGCAAUUACAGGGCCUCCGGCUAGCAGGGCUCCUGCAGUAGCCCACCUGACUCCAUCCUCUUAAUCUGUCUAUUCACACAUCUGCUUUGAGGGCAAUUAACCUGAUAGAACCUGGAGAUGGAUCAAACGUAUGUCAGUCAGAGUGUGGAUCUUUUCAGAGAUGACUGCACUCGUACACAGCGCCUCAUGGCUCAUCAGACCCCUGCUGUCCCAGCAUGCUCGCUGUUCCGAUCUCAUCACCCCGAUGCUGGGGAUUAGGGCCUAAUCCCUGGGCUGAUUUUUUCUAUCAAAACUAGGAUCGCUGUUCUGCCAGCGUCACCGGCUACAGUCCCUCUAAUGAGGACACCCAGAGUGCACAGCUGAGAGAGCAGGGGGCCAGAGUGGAACAUAAUCAUUUAGGCCUGUGUGUGUGUGUGUGUGUGUGUGUGUGUGUGUGUGUGUGUGUGUGUGUGUGUGUGUGUGUGUGUGUGUGUGAGUGCGCCUGUGUGUGCUUGGUUUUAUUAUCCUUGUGAGGACCAGAAGUCCUCACUAGGAUAGUAAAACAAGGAACAUUUUGCAGAGGAAGGAACAUUUUUAAGGCUUAGCGGUUAGGUUUAGAGUAACGGUUACAAUUAGGGUUAGGGUUAGAAUUAGGGUUGGGGUUAGGGAUUUAGGUUAGAGUUAAGGUUAGGUGUAGGGGUUAGGGGUUAGGGGUUAGGGAAAAUAGGAUUUUGAAUGGGAAUCAAUUGUUUGGUCCCCACAAGGAUAGUAAAACAAACGAGUGUGUGUGUGUGUGUGUGUGUGUGUGUGUGUGUGUGUGUGUGUGUGUGUGUGUGUGUGUGUGUGUGUGUGUGUGUGUGUGUGUUUGUGUGUGUUUGUGUGUGUUUGUCUUUGUCUGCCCACAUCUCUUUCUCUGCAGGUGUAUGGAGCUGCCAUCCAGUUCUAUGAGCCAUACCCAGAGGAGUGUCUGAGCACGUAUGAAUUUGUUUGUUUGUGUUUGGUGGAUGGGCAGAGUGGUGGAGAUAGCAUAAUGGUCAGACAGAAUGAAAAGGAGAGGUAUUGUGAGGCGUAUAAUCUAUUCAGUUGUGUUGUUUGUAUAGCUUUUUUCCUUCAUCACAAAAUGCGACAUGAAACCUACAGUAUAUGUGUGAUUAAUCUCAUGUUUCCUAUAUGAACCACCCUAGGCAAACAGUGACGGAGGGGACAAUAAGCUGUGCCUGGGUCGCUGUCUGUCUUGCCUACUCUCACUUCUCAUCUCUCCCACUAAUGUCUCCACUCCUCAGCUCAGCCUGUCAGCCAUAAGGAUGAAUACAUAUGUGCUUGCUUGUUUUAGCAUUUCCCCAGACAUUCACACCCUAAUGAGCUUUCUCAAGGAUAAAGUGUGGGUGGGUAUAAUUUCCUUGUGCCAUGCUUUGUUUGUAAAACUGCACUUAGUGCAUGCUUAGACUACUACAUGAGUCUGGUGAGUGAGGUUAAUGUGAGUGUUUGCAUGAUGCCGAUGUACUGUUGAUUAGGUUAUCUGAUCUGAAGAUGUGUACUGUACAUCACAAUGAGUGUCUGGAUUGUAUUUACUCUCAGGUGUAUGGUAGCAACAUGAUCAGGUGUGUUUGGUUGGUGAGAUGACUGUAGUAGAUAUGUAAGUAGGCUAAGCAAUCCAUAAUAUACACUGAGUGUACAAAACAUUAGGAACACCUUCCUAAUAUUGAGUUUGACCCCUUUUUUCCCUCAGAACAGGUGUUGAAAGUGUUCCACAGGGAUGCUGGCCCAUGUUGACUCCAAUGCUUCCAACAGUUAUGUCAAGUUGGGUGGAUGUCCUUUGGGUGGUGGACCAUUCGUGAUACAUACGGGAAACAGUUGAGCGUGAAAAACCCAGCAGCGUUGCAGUUCUUGACACACUCAAACCAGUGUGCCUGGCACCUACUACCAUACCCCGUUCAAAGGCACUUAAAUAUUUUGUCUUGCCCAUUCACCCUCUGAAUGGCACACAUACACAAUCCAUGUCUCAAUUGUCUCAAGGCUUAAAAAUAAUUAUUUAGCCUGUCACCUCCCCUUCAUCUACACUGAUUGAAGUGGAUUUAACAGGUGACAUCAAUAAGCGAUUAUAGCUUUCACCUGGAUUCAUCUGGUCAGUCUAUAUCAUGAAAAUAGCAGGUGUUCCUAAUGUUUUGUACACUCAAUGUAUUUUUCUGUGAAUAAAUAAUUGAUAGGCUAUUGACUUCUUGCUGUUUGGUGAUGAUCAUGCAGUGUUUCCUGUACAAUAGUUUUCAGGUUGGCCCUGUAAGGGAGCAGUGCUGAUACACUGACUACACUAACUGUACUACUCAUGUUGACUGCAAUAAAGACAGUGGUAAGACAUGAUGAAACCCUUUACCAGAAUUCACCACAUUGACCAUGUUCCAUACCACCAAUGUUUUAGGAAGUCUUAAAACAUUGGUGGUAAGACAUGAUGAAACCCUUUACCAUAAUUCAUCACAUUGACCUUUGCCUUUAGAAUAGUUUGAAAAUCUCAUAAUACCGCUUCUCUUAUCUUUUACAAGAGCAUACCGAUAGGUCUAUACUAGACUAGUAUUAUCAGACUGUGGGAUGCCCCACUGCGAGCGUAUUCCACCGCUGCAUAAAAACAUAAUUGGGAUCGAAAUGAUCCGCGCUCCCCGCUCGGAGAUUUGAAUAGUAUAAAAUCAGCAGAGCAGCUUGCUGGUUACGGGAUGUAAAAGGUUAACUUGGCUCCAGAGUUUGUCAGCUAAACAAAACUACUGUAGCAUGUGCAGUGCUGCUCUGAUAACGCAACAAUACGUUGGGAUAACUUACAUUGUAUUUUUUGCUGGGGCUGUGUGGCAAGAGAGGGCAUCGAAUCUUUCCCGUGGUAUUGCCGUAGCAAUUAGCAGUAAAGGGAAAGGCAAUAUUUGGUACUCAGAGUUAGGCUUUGUUAGGUGACUUGGUAAGGGAAAGGCACUUACGCUACUCACGACACUCACCUAGCCUACUCUUCGCAAACUUGAGGUACCCUACCCGUACCUCAUCUGUGAAGCGCGCGCGCAUCGCACAGCCUCUGCAGUACGGAUCUGUAACGCGACACUAAGCGCGAAUCAUUUUCUCUCUUCGUAUUUUGAAGAGUUUUUAAUCGAGUUUACAGGUUGGGACACUGUAGAUCCCGGGAUACAACAUGUGGCAGCUGAUAUUUUUCGGUGAGACUUGUGUGACUGAUAUUGAAUGAUCAGACGGACUGAGAACUAAAGAGGUGAUCAGCUGCUCUCCUCACUAAUAUGGUACGUGACAAGUUUCUGUAGUCUUCAUUCUUAUUAUUCAAUAUUCACUAUCGAAUACUGUAGGCCUAUAUUCGUCAUGGUCAUUGCGCUUCUAUUGAAGUUUAAUGUCAACUACCAAUCUGAUCAUAAUAUCUUGAAAAUAUUUAUAUUAUUAUGAUAGAAUAGCAAGUAGCCUAGAUUUGAUAUAAAGCCUAGAUUUGAUCAAUUGGAAUAACCAAAAACAGCUAUUAGAGCUGUUCAGCAACGGUAUAUCUGAAUGAAUAGUUAGAGCAGUCUCCACUGUUUAAAAUUGUGUAUGGUAUUGUACAGUGAUGACCGAUGCUUUAGUUGGACGUUGAAAACAACAAGACAAGGCAUGAUUGAACACAUAGCCUAACGGUAUGCUUUAUAAUAAAACAUUAAAGGUUAUUAUGUGUUCCAUAAAAUAACUAAUUAUGGUAGUCUAUAAUAGCCUAGUAUUGCCUUCCUGUGAUUAGUUUUGACAUAUAAACUCCUUCCCUUUUUAAAGAAGACUUUUAUACAAAAUGACCCAUAGUGUGUGUGUGCGUGUGUGAGUGAGUGAGUGAGUGAGUGAGUGAAUGAGUGUCACGAAGGCUACAUGGUUCUUAGGCUGUUUCAUUAAAUGGCAGGCAAAGGGUUUGUAAUGGACCAACAGUGGAUGGCAACUUUAUUGCGCUUACAGAUGUAGGAUCCUAAUUUGGUCACCCUGUUGCAGGAGAACUUUCCUGCAAUGCAGAAAAUGUUAAAAUUGUAGUGUAGUUGAGGUUUAAAAAGGCUUCUGAAGUUUGUAAUUUCCAUUUUGAAAUGUCAGACUUAAUUUUCCCUUACAAAAAAUGUAUCAACCCCUACAAAAAUGUCCAUGAGUUAUAAUCCACAUAGUAAUUCACAUUUCCUGUUGCUGCAGGAUUAUUUUCCUGCUGUAGCAAACAGGCUCAAAUUAUGAUCCUAUAUCUGUAUCUCCUGACUGUCACUAGUGAGAGCGGUGGAGGGAAUGCUCCUGCUGAUGUCACUGCGCCGCUAAAACACUUCCUUCAAUUAACUUUCCACUAGGCAAAGCAACCAACCCUCCGACGGGAAUACUGUAUUACCAGUGAUUCUAUUAAUAAAUAGUUGAUAAUUCUCUCCUCCCCACCACGAUCGAAAUGAAACACAUUGACAGCAGUGAUUUAUUGAGGGCUCGAUUCAAUCCGUAACGCAGAAGUUCAGCACUAUAGCGCGAUUGACAUUUGUCCCAGCGAUAGUGGAGACUGUAUUCAUGGUAAAUGCUGCAUAUAUCGGCUCAGUCGGAAUUUACCUUCAAAUUUGCGAUAUGGAUUGAAUCGAGCAUUGAAUCACCUAUGCAAAACUAGAGGAUGUACAUUAUGUAGCCCACCCCUGAUUUGGACUAUUAUCCACAGACUAUUAUCCAUGUCCUACUAAGGUAUAGGCUAAUAGCCUUACCCCACAUGUUAAAUUGAUUGUGUAAUUUUAUACAACAAUUAAUAUUUGCAUUGGUUGAGGCCUGAAAAGCACCCAACUGUGCAGCAAAUAUAAAAAGUAGUCAGAUCAGUUGUAGUCAGUGUCAUAAACAUCUUGAGAAAAGAGGAUCCCUGUUAGAUAUCUGUCCAGGGUUGGAACUGGUUCAGGGAACAUAACCUAAAACCAGAAGGUAAAGAAAUUAUUUGAGGAAAUUAUUUGAUUAUUAAAUUAUUUUAAAAGCAUGAGAACCGGUUAAUAACGUUAUUUUACAUUCCGGGCAUUUUUUCCAGUCCCACAAAAAUCGCAACAAAGCGCCUAUGCAAAGCCCUCACUCUGUCACUAAGAAACUUAUUCCAGCAUCUGCCUGCCAGCUGGAAAUGUUGCCAGUGGGUGUGUGUGUGUAGGAUACUUGCCUCUCCCGUCUGAAAGAUAGGUUACUGUAGCCUACUGACAACGUUACAAGCGUAAUUCAGCAAUUAUGGAGAGAUGUUUAAUUAGAGAAGAAUGGAUUGACUUUUUCAAUGCCAGUUAAGGAUACUAUAGUUAUGACGUUUCACAUUGGAUUUAUUAACUACAAAAAGGUAAGACAUGUUUUUAAUUCUAGCGCUGCUCUACAAGCUUGUUAGCUAGUUAGCUAACGUUUGCUCUGGUCCAACGUUAAACCAACUCGGAAGUUCAAAGACAUUCAAAGCUCCUUCAUAGAAGCCGCUCCUCCAUAGGUAUAAUUCUGUGGGCCUAAUUCAGAUAAUGCAUCUCAUAACAAGAUGCCCAUCGCUUCAAGGCAAGCUUCCUCCAUCCUCUCUCCUCACCCUCAAAAUGUCAGUUACGUCUCUUGCGCCCUACACUGUGACUGGCAGCACAGUGUGUGUGUUUGUCUGUCAUUAUGAUUAAACCAACUGCUACGGCAAAAUACAAUUUGCUCUUAAUGACUUUCCUAUACAGAUUCAAUCGCAAUAUAUAUUUCAGAGGUUUAGAAAGGAACAGAAAGGAACGAUAUAAACCAGUACUUUUUUGGGGUUCGAACUGGUUCAGAACUUUAUUUUGCUGGUCAGAACAGUGGAACGGAACGAAACAAAUAAUGGUUCUGUUCAGAAAGGAAAACGAUUGGAAAAUGAUUUUGGUUCUAACCCCUGGUUGAAACAGACAUGACCAGAGAGAGCCACACAUAUCUCAAGCUUAAUCCUCAGCUUCACUGAUCCUCACUGAUGUGUCUGUCAGUCUCUGGACUAGAGAUGUAAGGCAGAGAAGGAGGAGCCUAUGCCACUGCAGUCUAACUGAGGUUUGAUGUCCUUCUUCCCAUCUCCUAUCAGUGUCUGCAUGACGCCACCAGCCUGGGACCCCCUUGAUCCUACUGCAGAGCCUGAAGGGACACACCUGUCCCCCAGCCCCCCGAUGCCCAACACCCAGACCAGUCACUGAGCCCCCAGUGUGACCAGCCUAGCCGGCCACCCACCCGGAUGCCGCCAUGCCCAUCAUCAGCAACGCAAACCACGACUUCAGCAACCUCUCGGCCAGCGAUGACAGCAGCCUCGACGCCAUCUUCACCCAGAUCCCAGAGACGGAGACGGUCAAGGGGGUCUACUAUCAGAGGGCCCAGUUCAUCAGACAACCAGAGGACCUGCUGUCAGUUGACCACGGCCUACUAGCGGUCAUCAAUGUGGGGGGCAACCGCUACACCUUCCCCUGGAGCACGCUGGAGCAAUUCCCCCUUACCCGGCUGGGACGGCUCUGUGGUCUCAGCAGCCCCGAGGAGAUUGCUGGCGUGUGUGACGACUAUGACGAGACGCGGCGGGAGUUCUUCUUCGACCGCAGCCCCUCGGCCUUCCGCGUCAUCCUCAAUUUCCUGGCUGCAGGGAAGCUGCGCAUGCUGAGGGAGAUGUGCGUGCUAUCGCUCCACGACGAGCUGCUCUACUGGGGUGUGGAGAUGACCUACAUGGAGCACUGCUGUAAGAGGAAGAUGUAUACGCGCAUCGAAGAAAUGAAUGAGCAAGAGAGGCAGGAAGAGGAGCAGAGGCAGAGGCACGCCCUGCUGCGCCCCCCAGUUGAGGAGACUCGCUACCGCAAGUUCAUGAACCAGCUGAGGGAUAUGGUGGAGAACCCCCAGUCUGGCCUGCCAGGGAAGAUCUUUGCC